AUGGGACUGCCCACAGUCGCGGCCGCCGCUUUACGAAACCGUCACACUAAACCAGCAGACUCUACCCUUUUUCAGAGUCCAGGAUGCACUAUACCGAGUCUAGAUUUCUUGGAUCCAACAAUCAGAAAUCUUGUGGAGUAUCCUGCGGACGAGAAGUGUCCCAACGAGGCAUAUCCCUUGCUUGGAAGCAAUGAAACACAUAUAUGGGUAAUAAACGAAACUAAAGGAGUCAUUGACCUGAAGGGUUAUGGCAAAACAUCUGACAAAAUGCUAUUAAAUGUAUUGGCGAUGUUAGUGGGCAAAAAUGUCGAAGAAUUGCAGAAAACGUGUUGGCCAAGUCCUAUAGCAAGACUAGAUAGAUGCCCUUUCAUUUGGGAUCGCUUCAAGGAUGUUGGAUACUACACAGCUCUUUUAGAAGAUUCUGCCAGAUUUAGCAUCUAUGAGACUUUAUUGAAGAAACUGUCCAACUCCGGUUAUCUGAACGACACGUUUUUAAUUCUAGUAAGUGAUGAAGGAAUCAAGUCUGGUGAUAUUCGGAAACGGAAGCAGGGCCGCUUAGAGCAACGAUUACCGUUCUUAUAUAUUCUGCCCCCAACUUCACUUCGGAAAAAGUUCAGUCUAGCUUAUGAAAAUUUAAAGGAGAACGCCGAACGCCUAACCACCCCUUACGAUCUGUAUAACACCCUUAUCGAUCUUUUAGACUUGAGCGCCAUAAAAAAUGAAGAAGUGCUUCUAAGAAAUGAGAUAACUCACUAUCACGACAAAAGCGUGAGUCUUUUUUUGCAAAUACCGGAUAAUAGAACGUGCCAGUCUGCUGACAUAAACAAAUACUUGUGUGGUUGCGUUCAAUCUAGUCGGAUAUCGAAUCAAACUUCGGAAUCACGGGGCGCGGCGUCGUUUUUGGUGCGUCAUUUGAAUGAAAUACUGGGGUCAUAUCCUCAGUGUGCUCGCUUGGCUUUGGAGAGUAUACUUCAGGCAGUUGAGUACACAAUUCCUUAUGAAAGUGAUAAAGAAUGGCACGACGUAACGGUGGUGGUACGUGUGAAGCCCGGCGGCGGUGUGUUCGAGGGCACCAUGCGCCACUACAAGGAUGGCGACUGGACCAUGCUGAGCCCCGUCAGCAGGUUCAACAUGUACAGUGAACUCAGCUUCUGCGUGAAACAGUACUGGCUCAAGAUGUACUGCUAUUGUUUAUUAUGA